AUGAAAGCAAUCGAACUAUCGUUUGUUUAUUACGGUGAAGACUAUGUGUUUGAUGAAUGCCCAUCAAACCCAGUAUCUGUAUACUACAUGGUUAAUUUUAACUGGGAUAAUAAACCUUAUUCCAACACCUACAAUCUGUGGUGGAAGCAGCAUUUGAACUUUAGUUGGAAUAAUCAAGGUGUGGGGAAUUUAAACAAUUUUGUGAGACAGAAUGCUAAUAGUGCAUCGCCUGGUUAUAUUCAUCCUAUGCGGAGAGCUUUUGAGAAUCAAGUGGGACAGAUAGCGAAUGUUUUGAAUUCAAGGCCACAAGGAGCAUUACCAAGCGAUACUGAGAAUUCAAGAACACAAGGGAAUGAACAGUGUAAAGCCAUCACUCUCAGAAGUGGGAAACACUUGUAUGAUGUUGUUCAAGACACCAUUAUAGAAGAGAACAAUUUUAGACUCAAUUACCGAAAAAAUUCAGAAUCAACUAAAAAACACAUUACACCUGAAAAGGGUAAACAGGAGAAUGUUGCAGUAGAAUCAACUCACUUCAAAAGAUUUUUGGAAGUCUUGAAGAAACUCUAUAUCAAUCUGCAGCUAAUAGAAGCUUUGGAGCAGAUGCCCAAUUAUGUGAAGUUUAUGAAAUAUAUACUGUCAAAGAUUCACAGAUUGGGAGAAUUUGAUACUGUUUCUCUUAUUGAAGGAAACGAGUGUAAAUCUAACGCCUACGUCUAUUUUCAGAAAGUUGGGAAAGCAAGACCUAUUACAGUUACAUUGCAACUAGCUGAUCGAUCCUACGCACAUCCGGAAGAUUUCCUUAUUUUAGAAUGUGAAGCUGACCAGGAUGUGCCAAUUAUUCUUGGAAGACCUUUUCUUACUACUAGCAAGACUUUAAUUGAUAUUACUUUCAAUGCAUUUGGUGCCUUGAAAUGCACUGAUGAGAAUGAAGAAUGUCACACCAUUGGGUUGAUAGAAACAACAUUAGAGGUAGAGUUUGAAAAAUUUUGCUAUCGCAAUUCUGAUAGUGAUAAAGACUCACUUGAGCGGAGUGACGCAAUAAUUUUUGAGGACCUUGGUGAACUUACGGAAGCCAAGCAGUUUGUAGAUAGACUAAGGAAGAAGUUUGAAUCCUUGGAUUUAUCAGAUCGCUCUUUCAAGCCUCCUAAGCCUUCUAUAGAGGAAUCUCCCACACUGUAG